UGUCAAAAACCACGAAAAACGUGGAUUUGUUGUUGUGAUUUUAUUGUGAUGAAUUUCGAAAAAGUGCUAUAAAAAUCGAAAAAUCCUAGAAAAACAUCUUGAAGCAACGCAUGUUAUGGUUUGCGUUCUUUACCCAACCAUUUAAAAGUAAGGAUCAAUUCUAACACAAUGGCAGCCACUUCGUUAUCGGAGCAGCUGAAAAAGCUGUCAGCUCCGCAGUCUGCAAUUUAUAAGGAGGGUAAGAAGAAGGCAUCCUUACUCUUUGACCCAAAAGAAGCCGGCCUCAAGGAUAGGGACACCUUCUAUGAGAUUGGUCUGAGCGGGCUGAAUGAUUUGAUAGCGUUAUACGAAGGAUUUAGAGUUUAUGAAGACUCCCUAUUCAGUCAAUCGUCCAAGGAAUUUGAAAGAGCCGUCCAAAGCAAAGAAGUCAACCAAAAUCUUGAUCAAACUAUUGAAAAGUUUUUAUUACAAAUCUCUCCAUACUUCUUACUCCAAUCUUCACACAAAGCACUAGAAUGGCUUGUGAACAGGUACCAUAUUCACGAGUACAACCAGGAUGCGAUCAUGGCAUUGAUACUGCCGUACCAUGGAUCCAACAUUUUUGUCCGUUUCAUACAAAUUAUGCCAUUAAAAGCUAAUACGAACAGGUGGAAUUGGCUGCGACCAAUGCAGAAGAAUGGAGUUCCACUCAGUAAUCAAGUUUGGUACAAUCAUUGUCUGUCCAACUCUGCUUCGUUGCAGUUUACUGCAAAGAUGACGUUGAAGUAUGUUAAAGAGUUUGGUGAACGAUCUUCUCAGCUGAACACUGUGUUUGCAUUCUUCUGUCAAACUGCUUUGGGAGUAUUAGAGAGUGGGAAACAUGUUAACGAAGGGACGAUUAACGCUCUCCUACCCACAGUGUUGAAGGCUAUUGAAUCGUCUAUUGUAGAUUUUCGUUCAGCAGCCUACAUUGUUUUGGGAUUUUUAUUUACAAAGGCUACUCUUAAAGGUGAGAUUCUUAACGAUAUUGUUCUUAAACUACUGACCACAGAAUUUGAUAUGACUUAUGAUAUAGCUAUUUUGAUUACUAUGCUAUAUGCCCACCAAACUCACAUGAAGCAUAUGUCGGAGACUAUUCUGAAUAACAUUUCAUUGGAUAUAAUGAACGAUCUGUGCGGAUAUAUGAAGAGAUCUGUGGAGCAUAAGCAGAACAUUCAGCCGUUUGUGCUAGCGUUUCUGUCAAGUGUUCUUCGGUUACUGCAAAAAGAUACGGAACAGUUCACAAGGUUCCGACAGUUGCCACAAACACUGAUUGAUGAAGUGGAUUUGAAGAAUCAACAACCAGAAUCUAUUGUCAAGUGUGUCCUCGAUGCCUACAGAUCACCAAAAGCAGUCAAGGUAAAAGAUGCGGAUGAGAGUGAUAUUGAGAUAAUAGAUGAAGAAGACUGUUCCUCUAAAAUACUUGAAUGGUACUCGGAAUUCCUAAAAAGCAUUGAAAAUAAAUACCCUGAUGCUUUUGACAAAGUAAUCAAACAGGAAAUGAGCUCUCAAAACAAAGGUGCUACUAAAAAAAGACUUAACUUGGCCAGAGUGUUAGGUUUCAAACCUUCAGUAGCUCACCAAGUAGGUGGUACUUAUCUAUUUGAAAACCUUAAUAAUGUCAAUCCAGAAUUAAGAGUUGAAGCAGUUAAAUAUAUCAGCAAGGAGUUUGACGCACUAAAAAUUGAAAAUGUUGAAUUUGUUAAAGACUCCAUUGUGAACAGGUUGAAUGAUGAUGAUAUUAACGUCGUCACGGCAGCAUUGGAAAUCCCAAGUCAAUAUUUGAAUGAAGCUCUCAAUGAAAUAGAUGCAACUAAGGUGCUGGUUAAUAUUGUCAGCAAAACGUCUAAGAAAUGGAGAAGUGUCAUCCGCCUUGCUAUCUCUAAACUCUGCUCUUUGGAUAUUCUGCCAGUAAACCAAGAGACUGUUUUGUCUCUGGUACCAUACCUCUUCCCCGACUGUGAGGAAUCGGCUCGCACAGCAUGGGACAUUUUGAAUGCAAAAUGGGGACGCAAAUUGGGACUGGCUAAAGCCCUAAACCUAAACUCUUCUUACAAAGAUAACCACGAGGUCUUAAAUCAAUUGGUUUUCAAGGCUCUAUUUGUAGAUAGAGUGAAGCACUUUGACGAUCUUCUAGACGUUUAUCAGCUAAAUAAAAACAACACUCUGGAUAUCUACACCUUUUUACUCCUGAAAACCUGCUCUUUUAAAGUAGCGUCCGUUGAUGAAAUAACCGUCACUUUAAACUUGUUGUUGGAGUCUGUUGAAGUAGAGGACAGAGUGAUAGUCGCAAGUUCCGAAGACCAGACAUUCUCGAACAAGAUCAUGCCAGAAUAUGUCAAGUUGUCGAAACAAAAUAAGAUUCUUUUCGAAGUUGUUGAGUAUAUUUUUUCGAGAAUUAUUGAAGACAUGCCUGUGAAAAGCCUCCCAAAACCGUGGUGCAAUGUGUGUGAAGAUAAUGAAACUAUACUAGUGAGGAGAUUGUAUGAGAUCUGUAUUACAGGCUGUGCAAUACCUUCGUACGAGAAGAAUUACGUAAAUCUAUUGAAACAACUUUUACAGAAAUUCUUCAAAAAUUCCCGUGAGAGAUUCGAAUUUAUUGCUAACUUUGCUUGCGGCCAUAUUUUAUACGCGAAUGACGCUAAAGAUGUGAUUGGCCCAGAAUUGCAGUUGAGAAGUUUGAAGCUACUCAACAAUUUCUUUUCUUUAAAAGAUGCUGAAUGGUUAUAUGAAUCGGAUGUCGUAGUUCUGAUGAUAUUAUUCAACUUGAACAAUCCUAUUACGGCAAUCCGGCAGUGCGCUAUCGACUCAAUAAAUAACUUGCUGAGACUGGAGCCAGAUAAAAACAAAGUUUAUGUACAACUAUUUACAGAGCUUCUCGCGCAUAAAGAAGAAUUGCUGUUAGACCAUGAACAGAUACCACAAGUCUUGAAUACAGUUCUGAGUCAGUCAGCUCCAGCCACGAAAAUAUUCAAAAAGAACUGUCUGGCGAAAUUCACUCAUAUUUUGGCAUCUGACACCCCACCUCAUAUAACUUCCAGCUUUCUGAAACUCCUGUACAAUAUCAACAGUGCAAGUACAUUCCCGUACAUAGUAUCUGCUCUACAAUCAUUGGAGAAGACUUUGGCUCAGAAUGAGCUGAAUUUAAAAUUCUGUUUCAAUAUCUACGAAUCGAACAUGUUCAAACAUGUUUACAGUCAGAUCAACGACAGUACUAUUACCACAUUCGCGAAAGAUCAGAUUUGGAAGUCAAUAACAGUAGGCUUGAAAGAGUACAGAGAAUGUAUUCUUGAAGAAGGACAAACGGUCACCAGUCCUUGUGUCUUGAUCAUGAAGCAAAUUGAUGAGGAUGUUUUCAAGAAAGUUCCUGAUGAGAGAACUAAAGAUUUGGUUCUUCUUAUCGCUUCAGCUGGUGCUUUUAGUAAUAACCCGACGAUAGCAAGCUCUGCUGCUAAAGUUAUGAAGAAAAUCCACCUUAACUUCUCUGAUUUCAAACCCAUAUUACAGAGCAUGUUAACUGCAGCUGAUCCAGCAGCAAAGGAAUCUAAAAAGAAGAAGUCCUCAGUAUCUAUGUUGUCUUACCAAGUCACUGAAACAAAUGAAUGGAAAUUGGGGGUCACUAUGCUAGAAUAUGUCCAGAACAAAAAGAAAAUGACUGUCGAUGGCACAUUUGUGUCGUUGAUGUUUGAAUUGCUGAGCAAAUGCUUGAGAUUUGAGGAGCAGUCGUAUGUGGAGUACACCAAACAGCUCAUUCUUUCGUCUUUGUGGUAUUACUGCAAGAAGUUUGUUGAUGACAAGGACAGAGACCAGAUAAAGUCGCUCAAAUCUCAUUUCAAAGUGGAACUGGUAGUGCAGUCCAUCAGAGGAACACAGAAUCCUCAGACCCAUCAUCAUGCCUUGAUCCUCCUAUCUCACGCUGCGUAUAUGCUCCCGGAACAAGUACUCCAUCAUACAAUGGAGAUAUUUACAUUCAUGGGAUCAUCAGUUCUAAGGCAUGACGAUGCUUACAGCUUCCAGAUCAUAAUAAAAAUAAUUGAAACCCUUAUUCCCAUUCUCGUGAAAUUGGACAGAGAUGUCGAAGAAUACUCAGAGAAAGAAUUACAGCAGCUACAGAACCGCAUAGUUCCAGUGCUAAGAAUAUUUGCUGAUGUGGUCUUGCACGUCCCAGAGCAUAGACGUUUGCCUCUAUACAAGAAACUGGUGGAGACCCUCGGCCCGAACCAAUUCCUUUGGGUGUUCCUUGGCUUACUUUUGGAGACACACAUCACCCAUUUCAAUGACGAAAAGAAGAAAGAUAAGCGUCAGAACAGAACAUUGGCUGAUCAGGAAUCGCCAAUGAAUAGGUUAGACUUUGGACAGAAUAUCCUGCUUGAAUUCUCGCCAGAAGUAGGGAUAGAAAACUUCAUAAAACUCAUGGGCUACAUUAAGUCUCUGCCGGUUCAGAAAGACGAAGAUUCCAUGGACACUGACGUCGAUCCGAGCGACAUUUUCAGCGUAAAUGGCCAUUCCGCAGUUCAGCUCCGUCAGUACAAAUACGUUAUUAUUACAUUCAUGAACAACUGCCUCGCAUCAUCUAGAUUUAUCCAACACAGUUCCCAAGCCACUGACAUUAAAGCGAUGGAGACUCAUUACAAAAACUUCAUUAUUAACAUCCUGACAUUUAUCCAAAGCAUUUCUAAGUUCAAUGACGAGAAAACUGCCAAGUACUGGCGGGUCAUGUUGCAUCACAGCUACGACCUAUUGGACAAUACCAACAACUUGCUAUCUGCUCCUAUGUUCUUAUCCGUUGUUAGAGGAUUACUGAAGCACACCUUGCAAGCGGUCCGAAGGAAAUCAAUGGAGUUACUGAACUCCAAAAUCCAGUUCAGUCCAGAAAUGUUCAAUGACGUGAAUAAAGAUCUUUUGUUUUCCCUGCUGCCUGCAUUGCUUGAUAUAAUUAAGACGAUUGAGAACAAAUCAGAAAGUCAGAACGAGACAGCAGCUCAAGAGCUUGAAUUGAACCAACAAACUGCGUUACUUUCUCUGAAGCUGCUAACGAGAAUGUUGGCGUCAGAAAAUCCUGAGCCUUUCAAGUCGGUUCUGGACACCGUCACAGAAUAUACAUGCAAUUCGAACAUCACGAGUAACGUCAUGGCUUCUGUAGUGCUAUGUCUAGCUGAACUAUGCAGCAAUCUGAAGGCACACGCAUUAGCUAGCCUGAGGAAGUUUAUGCCAGCUCUUAUAAAAGUUCUGAAGAAGCAAAGGGAAGCAGAAACCCCCGAACUUAUACUACUGAGCACUGUCACGGCUAUAUCGAAGAUUGUUGAAAGCCUCCCUCUGUUUUUGAGUCCGUAUUUGCAAAAGAUACUGUACGAAUACGCGAUACUGCUAGCCAAGUGGCAGACGUUCGACCAGGAGUGCAGCAAAGUGUCCGCGAUCGUGACGAAAUUGGUUACGAUUAAGAAGAAAAUCGCGAGUUCGAUUCCGCCGAGAGUGCUGAUCCCUGUUGCGAAUGAGACACAUCAGCUGUUGUUGGAUAGAGAACACUAUGACGCCAUUGGCCCAGUGAUGUCUGUGUUGGCUGAAAGUUUUGCUAAUGUGACGACUGCUGACUUCACGGCUUUGCAGCAAGAUCUGACGUCAUUCUUCCUGUCAGCAUUACAGUUGCGAAGCAACGCAACAGAUAAGGAUAUAGACGCUAAUGUGAUCGACAACGCAGAAGAUGAAGUGGUGAAUGCGUUGGUAAAAUUGGUGCUGAAGCUUUCGGAGACCAGUUUCAGGCCUUUCUACUUUAAGAUAUACGAUUGGGCCAUCAGGACUAAUGUGGAUGGACAAAAGGACAGGGCUAUCACUUUCUACAGACUGAGCAGUGCAAUCGCCGACCAGCUGAAAGGCUUAUUCGUUCUUUUCGCUGGGCACUUCAUCAAGAACGCAUCGGAUCUCCUUGACUCAUGCAACAAUAGCAAAACUGAAGACCUUUUCUACGAUUCCGAGGAAAAAUGCAUCACACUGGUCAAAUACAUCAUCAAGACGUUGCAUAUAGUGUUCUUAUAUGACAGUCAGAACUUCAUAAACAAAGACCGGUUUGAAACCCUCAUGCAACCAGUGGUAGACCAGCUGGAGAACACGCUGGGUGGCAUUCAGAGUCUUAAAUCAAGGGCCGAAGAGAUUAUUAUUCCGUGCAUCUCUCAGUUUGCGGUGGCUUCAGCCGAUGACUCUUUGUGGAAGCUGCUGAAUUAUCAGAUACUGCUGAAGACUAGGCAUAAUGAUGCUGAUAUAAGACUCCUAGCAUUGGACUCCUUGGUGUCUAUGGCCACUCAACUCGGCAGCAGUUGGCUGCCACUUCUAGCAGAGAGCGUGCCCUUCCUCGCUGAACUUCUAGAAGACGGCGACCAAAAGAUAGAGACGUGCACUAAAGACGCCAUCAGGAAGCUAGAACAGAUCCUUGGCGAACCUUUGGAAAAAUACUUCUAAGAAAAUAAUUUUGUAAUACAUCGUCGAAUAAAUAUAUGAUAGAAA